UAACAUCGCCAACUGCGAGUAACGUAAUUUCAUCUAGUUUGUGGAUCCAUGUGUGUUUCAGUGAGGCAAAAGCUUGUCGCUUAUGCACCCACCUCCCAGUCAACAAUAACAACAGUUAGUUGCGUAUCAUAAAGUUCACAAUUAUUUCGUGCGGUGCGCGAGGUCGCAGUGUUAACACCAUCGCAGUCUAAUGAUUGAGCAGGUCAUCCUGGUUCUGGUCCUUUGAUUCUGUAAUCUGAAUUCGCUCGGAGGUUCUCUCUCUGUGCAUGUGUGCGUCAGAAAAAUAUCUGUGUUCGGGCAGCACAAACCGUUUUAAAGAUUACAAACGUCAACGGAACUGCCAUCCAAUUAAAUAAUUGAAAAUACCACCAGGAAAUACUGAAAACUAGUGCAAAUAAACGCGCGAAAAUAAUAACUGCGAUUGCAAAUGUUUAAAUGUAUAGAUAAUCAGGAGAUUAUAAACAUAUGGAGUGAACAAAGAUACAAAACAACAAACAAUAGAUAUAUUGCAAUACAGAAGCAACGAUUCUCAGACGUGAGAAGCAAAAACCAAAAGUGGAAAAAUACCAAACUCUGGUCCAGGCCAGAGUGUAAAAUGCGCAAAACUUUGUUGUAAAACGUUCAAUAGCGAAGAAGCGUUGAAACGAGACGCGAGGAGUUGUGAUUAGUGAAUUAAGAAUAUUAAUCCGUUUUAAGUAUAAAGACAAAAGCACGCGACCUGGUGGAGUGACAAGUGGCCGAGAACAGACAAGAUGUUGCCUGCCAACGGGGGGGACUCGAAGCAGAGCCAAGUGAAUCGCAAAAUUUCCAUUCCGAAUAUUACCAUCAUACCGCGCAAGAGUGCCGAGGAGAUGCGUUUCCUGCCCAUCGCCGCCAUGCCCACAAAGCAUAACUCCAGCAUACACAUUAACAACGUUCAAUCGGCAAAAACCAACAACAAUAAUAAUAUCCACACGGCAAUGAAAUCCACACUGACCAUGACGCCUUUGAACAUGAACAUUGUACAAGCGAGUGGAGGGAAAACCACCAGCCUCGAACCAGGAGCCGUGGCUGCCAUUCAGCUGGUGCCCAUGCCUGCCACAGGCGGCGCCACAAACCAUCAUCCGAACCUCCUGGCCAUUAUAAGGACAUCCGGCAAGACCGCGAUGAUAAGUGCCACUCCACCGCAUGCCCAGCCAAUCAUGAUACGUCCUAAUCCAGCCAUGCCCCGGCUGUCACAUCCGAGCAAAGGAACUUUCACUAUCAACAGUAGCAAUGGUUCGACCACUGUUAAAGCCUCGUCAAUCGCCAGCGCCACAAAGACAGUCGCCAGCAGAACAUUAGCAGAGUUUCCCAAUUCGAUGGCCGCCAUGACGGCACCAGCACCAGCAGCACCUGUACCUGGUUCAGUAUCAGCAACUCCAACGGCAAUUGCAACGGCACCCGUAUCUGCAACUCUACCUGUACCUGCCGCUGGCUCCGUAACAGCUGCAUCAGUAGCAGCAGUGGCAAAGGCAGUUCCAUCGCCGCAGCAGCAGCAAAUCUCACUGAUCGGCGGGCAGCCAUUGAAACCACGUGCCCCGCUUAUACUCAGCAAGGUGGCUGUCGAUAAGCUGCGCAUUAAGAUCAAUCAGGCAAGGGUCAAUCCCAAUGCCAUCAUUGUCAGCAAGGCGCUUGAGCAGAGCAGUGCCGCCCAAGCGGAAGGAAAACUUCAACCCACGCCAAUUACCGUGAACGACAUGACCAAGACAUGCUCGACGCAGCCAGCAGCAUCAGUUGAGAGUGGCAGUGGAAGCAACAGCAGCAGCAGCAACAAUCAGUUCAUAUAUCCGAAAAAGGCGUUACCACUACCCAGCAGCAAGGACACAGCCAAACCCAAGACUUCCGCAUCAACAACAACCAUUGAGAGCAGCAGCAACAACAACAAAGAGAAAGACAACAAGAAGAAGUGUCCCAUAAAUGCCCUGCCUCUCUCCACAUCAAAGGACAUGUCAAAGGCUCCGCCCGCCAGCAGCAAGAUGAGCCCCAAUCCAAAUCCCAGAGAAAUCACCAUGCAAACCGUCAUCAAUGGCCCUCCACAGAAAACGGAACAGAAAGCAGAACAGAAGAUGGAACAGAAAACAGAGUCCAAGUCAAAGCCAAUGGGCAUGGCCCAGCCGCCAGCAACGCACAAAGUGAAGCGUUCCAAGUCAUUUGUGUCGCCUGAGGAGGUGGCCAUAAUGCGAGCCAUACAACGGCGUCGCUACUCGGUGGCCAGGGAACCCCAAGCACCUGCAAAGGAGCCUCAGGAGCCUGUAAAGCAGCCACAGGCACCCGAAAAGCUGCCCCAGGCAGCCGCAGAGCAGCUUCAGGCACACGCAAAGCAGCCCCAGGAACCCGUAAAACAGCCCCAGGAACCCGAAAAGCAGCCACAGGCACCCGCAAAGGAACCACAGGAACCCGUAAAGCUGCCACAGGCAGCUGCAAAGAAACCUCAAGCACCCGUAAAGCAGCCCCAGGAACCCGAAAAAGAGUCUCAGGCAGCCGCAACGGAGCCCCAAGCAGCCGAAACGGAGCCUGUUGCACCCGCAAAGGAGCCUGUUUCUCCUGCAAGCGAUCCCGUGGUAUCCGAUAAGGAAGACGACGCCGUUGUCAUGCUUGAAGAUCCGCCCAUUGUGACAAUCACAAUCGACACCGAUGAUAGCGACGAUGAGGGGGAGAAGGAGCAGUCGGCAAAGUUGCCGCCGAUUCUCUCCACAGCUGCACUGACAGUCACAGCCAUACCGGGAUCAGCUAGACGCACAUCCACACCGAACAGCAUCAGCACGAGCACCAACACUGGUACAGCACCGAGAGGCAUCUCCAACACUGGUGCCUCUUUGGGCAAGCUGGAAUCGCGCAAGAACUCACGAAAGAACUCUUCGACCAGCAACGGCGGCACUACGUUGUCUUCCUACAGGAAGAGUUCCCAUGGCAGCAUCAGCAUCUCAAGCAGCAGCUGCUCGCUCAACAGCGAUGUGGAGGAGGUUGUGCUGCCCGCCAAGAAGCGGAAGGAAGAGCCAGCGAUGCACAGGAAGACGCAGACGAUAAGCAUAGUCAAGGCGGAAUCUGUGUCCAACGAAGAUUUUGAGCGGUCGCUGCGUUGUGAGGAGGCGUUGGUCCAUACGCCCGAGUCCUCUGGCCCCAGAGCCUCCUCCGCCAAGGUGCCUCAGCGUCGGCCUGUGCCUCUACCCACGCAGAAUGGCCACCACCAGGCCAAGGCGCACAAGACGACCUUCUUCAUGAUUCCCACGCCCCCGUCUGGAGCCAAUGCCAUUUCGUUGAAGAAGGCGAUGCUCAACAACCUGCAGAUGCUGUGUUGGCGCCCACAGCAGCCGGCCAGCCUGCAGAACUCCUCGCUACGCUUCGACAUCAACCGCUACAGCCUGCUGCAGCUGAACGAAAGAUGCGAGCCACGCCAUGGUCCCGCCAGCUACUUCGAGCGCGCUCUUUUCGACCGUCCCGGCCGUCGGCCCACCGACAGCCUCCAUCCGCUGCUGUAUCUGUGCCAGCGAUGCAAUUGCCAUGGCCCUGCCGCUGAUUUUCUGGCGCCACAUUACUGUUCCGUGGGUUGUGUGCGACGAGCUCAGAAGCGGCGUAUGCCCGCCGUAGUCACAUCCCAGAGCAAGAUGCCCAAGAAGGGGCUGACGCCGCAACAACAGCAGCAGAAGAAGCUGGAGCAGCUGCAGCAUCAGCGGGCCAACCGGGCGGAGCUGGAGCAGCGGCGGAUCACGGCCUCCAAGAGGCCCUUCCGCUGGACCGACUACAUGAAGACACAUGGGCCAGAGUUGACGGCACCCAUUCAUCUGUUCUUCAAUCCGUUUCCACGCAACGCCAACUGCUUCGAGCGUGGCAUGAAGCUGGAGGCCAUCGAUCCAGAGAACUGUUCCCUUUUCUGUGUGUGCACCGUGUCGGAGGUGCGUGGCUAUCGGCUUAAGCUCAGCUUCGAUGGAUACUCCAGCAUGUACGACUUCUGGGUGAACGCCGACUCGCUGGACAUCUUUCCGCCAGGCUGGUGCGAGAGCACAAAUCGCAUACUGCAGGCGCCCAAGGGCUACUGCUCGCAGCGCUGGAGCUGGAGCCGGUAUCUGGUGAAGACCAACGCCAAGGCGGCACCCCGCGUACUCUUCCCGCACUUGAACCACACGCCGUACAAGCGUGAGAAUCGUUUCCGUCGUGGCAUGCAUCUGGAGGCGGAGGACCUCAACGACACGGGCAAGAUCUGUGUGGCCACGGUGGCGGACAUACUGGACGAGCGCAUACGCGUCCACUUCAACGGCUGGGACGACUGCUACGACUUCUGGGUGCACAUCAGCUCCCCGUACAUCCAUCCGUGCGGCUGGCAUGCCGGUCGCCAGCAGCUGAUUGUGCCCCCCAGCUACCACAACACCGUCUUCAGCUGGGAGGACUUCUCGCGUCGCAAAGGCGGCAUUGCAGCACCCGAGGAUCUGUUCUCACCGCGGCAGCCCAUGGACUUUCAGGCGCGCAUGAAGCUGGAGGUGGUGGAUCAGCGCAAUCCCUGCUUGAUCCGUCCGGCCACGGUGGUCACCCGCAAGGGCUACCGCGUGCAGCUGCAUCUGGAUUGCUGGCCCAACGAGUACUACUUCUGGCUGGAGGACGACAGCCCCGACCUGCAUCCCAUUGGCUGGUGCGAGGCCACACAGCACGAGCUGGAGGCGCCGCCCGGUUUCCUGCAGGCCCCCGCCCAGAUGCCCUGCGACGUGGAAGGCUGCCGCGGCUUCGGAAAUGCCAAGCGCUUCAACCUCAACGUUCACGCGCUGCCCGACUGCUGUCCGUAUGCACCCGUGAACUGGCGCCAGUGGCGCUCCAAAACGGUGAAGCCGCCACGCGUGGCACCCGAUCAGAUCAGUCGGGUACCGCUCCGCGAGCCAAAGAAGUUAUCUGUUGAUAAUUUGCUCCCGUCGCCACUGUCAACCUUUGGGAAAGGAUACAGACGGGAGGGCCUGCCAGAGCUGAUCAUCGAAGCGGAGCGAGUGGAGCCGGACAACGCGCAGAUAGUCAUCGAGGGCGAGUGCAUGAUAGAGGACGAGGCUCAGAUUGUCAUCAAGGAAGAGUGCAUCGAGGAGGAGCGGCCAAAGCUUAUCGUCGAGUUGGAGGCCAAAAUCGAAGACAAGCCAGAGAUCAAACCCAAACGCAGGGAGACGAUACCCAAAGCCAAGGACAUCAAAGAAGAUACCAAGGCGGUCAAAGAGGAGGCAAAGCCUAAGAUAGUCAAACGACAGGAUGAAACGACAGCUAAAUCGAGUGAGGCAAUGCCCAAACAGAAGGAGAAGGAGACGAUACCCAAAACCAAGGAGGUAAAGUCCACAGAAAAGGAAGCAAAGUCCACUGCAAAGAUCGUGCCCAAGGAGCCCAAACCCACACCCAAAGAGACAAAAGCCACGCCCAAGUUGAAGGAAACGAAACCCACGCCCAAAGAGAAGGCAGCCAAGCCCACAGCACAAAAGGCUAAGGAGACGAAAGCACCGGCUGCACGUAAAGUAAAUGCGGAGGAGCCGGUGGAUCCUCGCUGCAUCACUAUUGCCAUGCCCAUUGUGAAGGACUAUGGGCCACAGCUUGUGCACAAUUAUCGUCUCUGGCAGAAGAACAGCGCCUUUGCUCUGAGCACGAUCAAAAGCAAUCCCCUCUACUGGACCAACUGGGAUGUGUACGAGUACGUGGAGCGUGCCCUCGACUCUCGCAGCAUUGCGCAGACAAUAUUUGACCAGGACAUUGAUGGACGGGCGCUGCUCAUGCUGGGACGCAAUGAUAUCAGCGAUCAUCUGCAUCUGAAAACGGGCCCCGCCGUUAAGCUCUUCUCGCACAUUGUCAACCUUCGCAUUGCGGUCGUCUGCAAGUUCAACAUGACCUGCUCGGGCUUGGACAUUUUCAACUUCGAGGAUGUCGACGCGCUAAAUCAGAAGACGGUCACAAAGCAACGGGUCGAAUGCAAGCAAAUUCCACUGCAACAGUCACAGCAGAAGAAUCCUCAGCAGACAAUGAACAGCAGCAGCAGCUAUGAGCUGGAAGAAGAGUCGGACGAUGAUUUUGAUGAGGAUGAUGACAGUGAGGAGACUGUGGGCGAGAGCGUUAACAAACUCGAACUGGAGGAAGAGCAUGUCGGUGUUGAGGAUGAGGAGGACGAUGAGUUGGACAAUGAGGAUUUUCAGAGCAUCAAUCCCAUCAGUUUGACCCACGAUGACAAUGACGAUGAUUCGGAUGUGGUGAUGCUGCCGACGCCGCUCAAGGAGCGGCAUUGCAUGACCACAGCAACGUAGGCGUCCCGCCACUCCUCUUCACUCAACUUCACACCUCUCCACUCCACUCCGCUUCGUUGAUUAAUUUUUGAUAAGAUUUUUGUUGUUGCAUCCGGCAUAUUGGCGCACGUUUUCGGGUAUUAAUUAUAUUAUGUAAUAUUAUAAAAUAGUAUUUAAAUGUUUAAGCGAAUCGUAAAGCGAUCAUUUUGAUUUCCUAAAUAUAUAUUCAAAAUCUCAAUAAAGAACCGACGUACCCACGUCUAAGCUUGGAA